CGGGGCCUUGUGGGAAGGCGCAGACCUCCGGUGGUGGUGUAGGACGCCGUGCGUCUCCGUGGAGCCGGCGAGGGAGGUGGCGACCGCGGCGGACCUCGCAGGACGCCAUGACUUCGACAAGUAAGGCCGUUGAGCUGCAGCUGCAGGUGAAGCACAAUGCAGAGGAGCUGCAGGAUUUCAUGAGGGACUUGGAGCACUGGGAGAAGGACAUGAAGCAGAAGGACCUGGAGCUGAGAAGACAGGGUGGCGUUCCCGAGGAGAAUUUACCUCCUAUUCGAAAUGGGAAUUUUAGAAAAAAGAAGAAAGGUAAAGCUAAAGAUUCUUCCAGAAAAACCAAAGAAGAAAACACAAAAAACAGAAUCAAGUCCUUCGAUUAUGAUGCCUGGGCAAAACUUGACGUGGACAGUAUUCUCAGUGAGCUCGACAAAGAAGACAGUACCCAUGAUUCUGUGUCCCAGGAGUCAGAGUCGGACGAAGAUGGCGUUCGUGUGGAUUCCCAGAAGGCUCUUGUUCUAAAAGAAAAGGGCAAUAAGUACUUCAAGCAAGGAAAAUACGAUGAAGCCAUCGAAUGCUACACAAGAGGCAUGGAUGCCGAUCCUUAUAAUCCCGUGCUGCCAACAAACAGGGCGUCCGCUUACUUCAGACUGAAAAAAUUUGCUGUUGCCGAGUCUGACUGUAACUUGGCAAUCGCCUUAAGCAGGAGUUACACCAAGGCUUACGCCAGACGAGGUGCAGCUCGGUUUGCCCUGCAGAAAUUAGAGGAGGCCAGAAAAGAUUAUGAGAAAGUGUUAGAACUGGAGCCAGAUAACUUUGAAGCAACAAAUGAACUCAGGAAAAUUGAUCAGGCUUUAACGUCCAAGGAAAGCUCACGGCCCAGAGAAGCUGCUGCUGUGAGUAAGCCAGCAGAAGGAGAGAAGGAACCAAAUGAGGAUCAGCAGGGCAAGCAGAAGGCCAUCGCAGAGAAAGACUUGGGCAAUGGAUUUUUCAAAGAGGGGAAGUACGAGCAAGCAAUUGAAUGCUACACCCGAGGGAUGGCAGCAGACAGCAGUAACGCGCUCCUCCCAGCUAACAGAGCGAUGGCCUAUCUCAGGACUCACAAAUAUGAAGAAGCUGAAAGAGACUGCACACAAGCUAUCUUACUAGAUGGCUCAUACUCAAAAGCUUUUGCCAGAAGAGGAACAGCAAGAACAUUUUUGGGAAAGAUCAAUGAGGCCAAGCAAGAUUUUGAAACUGUUCUACUCCUGGAACCUGGGAAUAAGCAAGCAGUGACGGAGCUUUCCAGAAUUAAGAAGGAAUUAAUUGAGAAAGGACGUUGGGAUGAUGUCUUUCUUGACUCCACACAGAGACACAAUGUGGUGAAGCUUGUAGACAAACCUGCGCGUGGGUCACCUAAAGCACUCAAGAAGGUUUUUAUUGAAGAGACCGGCAGUUUGAUAGAGACUGUUGAUGCACCGGAUAGUUCUUCCACGGUUUCGGAGAGUGAUGGAGCUACGGCGGCCGCAGGCACUGAAAGCAAGAAGAAUUCAAGCCAGGGUGUCUCUCUGCCUGCCGGGGAUACGCCAAGAGCUAAAGUGUUGAAAAUAGAAGCAGUCAGUGCCACUUCGGCCCCACAAGCACAGGUGGAAGUGAAGCAGGAUGUGCGUCAGCCCCUGAGUGAGAAGGCCUCCGUGAGGGUAGAGCAGAUGCCAGGUCAGUUGGCCACUGCGGUUCUGCCUCCAGUUCCUGCCAACUCCUUCCAGCUCGAGUCUGAUUUCAGACAGUUGAGAAGUUCCCCAGAGAUGCUGUAUCAGUAUGUAAAGAAAAUUGAACCAUCUUUGUAUCCGAAGUUGUUUCAGAAAAACCUAGAUCCAGAUGUAUUCAAUCAAAUCAUUAAAAUUUUACAUGGCUUUUACAUUGAGAGGGAAAAGCCAACUCUCAUCUUUGAAGUCUUAGAGAGACUUUCUCAACUGAGGAGGUUUGAAAUGGCGGUGAUGUUUAUGUCAGGACCUGAGAGAAAGCUCACAAAUGAAUUAUUCAAUUACUUAGAAAAAUCAGAACUGAAGGACCAUUCUGUUGAAGAACUCAAGAAAAGAUACGGUGGCUGACCUCCAUGAUUGAUGUUGCCGCUCUGUGUGCAGUAUUUUCCUUACUGAAAUCAAGUGUUUGGGUUUUUACAAAAGUGAAACCUUACCUGAGAGGAGCCUCCUCUCUCUGGAUGGCAGAGCCUCCUCUCUCUGGAUGGCAAUUGAUUCCCUGUAAGUGUUCUGUGACCUAACUAGUGAGAGAAAUGCUUCAAAUAAACGUAAGUUUUUAUGAGAUAUA